CCACAAAAAAAAGCACAAAAAAGAGCACAAAUCAUACCACAAAAAAAACACAAAAAAAUCCACUAAGUUGUGGUGGGUUUGGUGUUUUUUUUUUGUGUGUUUUUUUGUGGUUUUUUGUGUUUCAUUUUCCUUUAAAAAUAGCGGGCCUCCAGUUUUCUUUUGUUUUAAAGGGCAGCCCGCCCCCCCCCGGGCCUGGAACACCGGGGCCGCCCACAGUUCCGGCGGCCUGCCCGGCCUCUGCCUCCCCUUCUACCCGGCCUGCCAGAGCCCAGCUCUGCCCAGCUCAUUUUGUCUGGCAGCAGAAUCCCCAAGCCUUUUUGACUGGAUCGAUAUUGUCGAUCAUUUCUUCACUGCUUGCGCUCAGAUGAAAAAAAGCAUCGGGUUGACUUGAGGGUUUUGUAGCACAUGAUUAAUGUAGCCAGCGUUAGAAAGGGCAAAUGAAAGUCAUCCUAAUGCCAACUAUGGCUAAAUUGCUGUGCUUUUUUUGUGGUAUGAUUUGUGGUCGCUGUUACUGUGCCGGGGCAAAGCCCAAACUAAACAUCUCCUCUGUCCUUUUUUUGUCGCAAAUAGAUUUUGAACAUCCACCACAAUCCCUGAAGAGGACACUCUCAAGAAGACCGUAGCAGUGGACGGCAUUGGCUUUGAUGCGGCCUACACAGCUUCAAACAGUUUUCAGACCGUGAACACGGGAAUAAAGAAUGAUGAUUCAGUCUACACACAUGCAGAGGCAGAAUGCGCUGUUUACUCUGCGACUAUUGAAACGGCAGCAGGGCCAGCAUUGUCACUGGACUUUCUCAACUAUUUGAGGAAAUUGCCAGUGAUUUGGAGCCAAGACCAUGUGCAGGCAUAUUUUGACUUUCUGGAGACCUUUGGCACCCAUUUUGUGAAAUCUGCAACCUUUGGUGCCAGAUUUGGUGAGCAAAGCCAGAUCACCACCUCCCAAUGGAUGUAUUUGGAUUCCAUGAUGGAUGUCGCCGAAGCUGCAAAGGCCUCGGUGAUGUCGCUUGCUAACAUGGAGACCAACGUGUCUCAUGAGGAGAUUGUCAAAUUCCAAACAAGCACUGCUGAUCGGAAAAUGUACAGCAAGGGAGCCAAACCUUCUGAUAAUAUGACCCAAUGGCAACAGCAAAGUUUUGCAAAUCCCAUUCCCAUCGAUCUGCAAGUCCGGCCAAUCCAUGACUUGUUCUCUGUGGAAUUCUACGGCGAUCUCUUGAAGGACUUUCUUGGGGCGGCGAGAUUUUGGGCUUUGCGCUCCAAUAUUCAAAAAAUGUUUGGCACCUACUGCGAUGCCUUGUUGCAAAAGAACAUUGUGACCAAUUGUUCUGCUCCCUCGGAUCAGCCGGCUUUCCCUGUGUGCCCUUUUUACAUCCAGGUGACCAAUCAAUACAGUGCCGCCUACCAGGACAAAGGGACUGGUGCAGAGUCCAACUUGGGAAUGUAUCGGCCGGAAGCAGCAAACGGGGAAGACUUUCCCUACUACAUUGGUGAUGCGUGCGUUGACAAACACGAUAAGAAUCCACCAUACCCUUCGAUGGUGUUGAAAAAAAGCCGCACCAUGAACAACACCCUGUUGCCUCCUAUUGCGAUGGUCUGGAACUGGGAUGAUGCCGGAACUGGUGGAGAUCACGAUGGGGGAUUUAUGACUCCACGGUGCAAGGAUGGCUUUGUAGCUCUGGGAACCGUGGGCGAGCAAUUCCUGCACAAUCAUGACAUCAACAGAGAGCAAGGACCACCGCCCAGCCUGUGGCCGAAUCUCAUGUGUGUCGCGGCCGAGUUCGCCGUCGCCAAUGGAAAUCUCAGCUCAAUAUGGACUUCCCACAAAAGUGGUGGUCAUUACCAGGGCAGUGUGUUCAUGGGUCUCCCAUUUGAUACGAACACACCUGAAGGGACCGUUUCCAGUCCAUGUUUCGGAACGUCAGGCUACCCGGACUCCUUCAAGGCACCCUUGCUGGAUCCAAAUAUCAUCAAACUGUGUGCAAUCAGUUGAGAAUCUUUAUAUUCUGGUGCUCAUGUGGCACCCAAGUUUUGCCCUUGGCAUUGGCACGGAAUCCGCAAAAAGCCUACCUCGACAAAAGAUCGAGAAGAGCUUGCGUGUUGACUGUUUGCAGUGCCAAAAAACAGAUGAAAAAGACAUAUACCUCACACAUGUCAUGCAGAAUCUUCCUUGUCUUUCAGGGCUUUGGACCGAACGGACAAUGGCUGGUCCAGUGCUUCCCAACACCCGACGGAUGUCGCGCGACGACGUGGAGACGAGCGCUGAG